AUGUCGGCGACGAUGCGAACCACCCUGCAGACGGUGCCGGAAUCGCUACCGGCUGACCACAUCACGAACAGUGGCGCCCCGGUUCAGUGUGCCGCCCAGAUGGAACCGAAAUCGCACUCGCACAGCAACUCGGCCGGCAACAAAUCGAUCCGCUCCAGCACCAGCCGGUUGAAACAAGAAGAAAACAUUAACGAAAUACCGCCAUUUGUGUGA